AUAACUAAUGUGAUAAUCAUAGUUUUAAAGACUAGUUUUAAAUAAAAUAUUUGUUAUUAUGAAAUAUCCACUUUGUUUCAAAUAAGUUUAAUUGUUAUUAAUAUAAUAGUAGAUAUUACCGCAAAAUGAGUUCUAUCACAGGAAAAGUUGUUCUUUUGGGAAAUUCAGGAGUUGGUAAGACAAGUGUUUUUACUCGCUGCAUUCAAGAUGUGUUUCAACCUCGUGCAAGUGCCACAGUUGGUUCAAUAUGUUAUUUCAAAAGUUUCCUUAUAGAAUCGUCUACUGUAAAACUUGAAAUAUGGGACACAGCUGGAAUGGAAAGAUUUCGGGGAAUAACUUACAUGUAUUAUCGACAUGCCGACGCUGCAAUCAUCUUUUUUGAUAUCACUUCAAGAGAUAGUUUUCAGGAGGUUAAAUUUUGGGUUAACGAACUUCGAAAUAACAAUGUUAAUUUUAUUGCUGCAAAUAAUAAUCUUUUGUCUAUUGUAGGAAAUAAGGUUGAUUUAACUUCGCAAAGAGAGGUACUUAGAGAUGAAGCAUACCAAUAUGCUAAAGAAGAAGGUGCUGUGUAUUAUGAAUGUUCAGCAAUGAGUGGUCAGGGUGUUCAAGAACUCUUUGAAGAUGUAGCCCAAAACAUAUUUAACAAAUUUGAUCCUGAUAUACUUUCAGAAACUGUUAUCAUAAAUUCACAAGAAAAUUUUCGUAAAAAAAUGAAAUGUUGUAACAAAUAGGUAAUCCUUUAACAAUGUUGUUUAUUUUAAUUUAUCUUGAAAAAGUUUAUACCUGUU